AUGGGAGCGAAUCCUCCAAUUCAUGUCAUGGAAGGAUUUGUUCAUCGAAUUUGGAAGAAUCUAAAAGUUGAUAAGGUUGCGAUGAUUCACAAAGGAGUUUUCAUAGUGCGAUUUUCUACCAUGGAAAAUCGUGAUAAGGUAUUAUCAGGACACUUCUUCUUUGAUAAUAAACCUCUAAUUCUGAAACCAUGGGUGGCUGAUGUGGAUUUCAUAAAAGAGGAUCUUAUAUCAGUGCCUGUAUGGAUUCAAUUAAAAUUGAAUAUUAACUACUGGGGGGAAAAGGCGUUAUUCAAAAUUGUUGACCAGAUUGGUAAGCCAAUACAGAGAGAUGAAGCGACUAAAAAUCGAGAUAAAGUCCAAUUUGCAAGAGUCCUUGUAGAGGUUUUUUUAUCAGAGAAAUUAAUUGAUCAAGCUGUUUUUGUGAAUGAAUAUGGAGAUAAAAUAGAAGUAGAGGUGAAGUAUGAAUGGAAACCAGUGACAUGUGAGGUAUGUCAUUGUGUAGGUCAUGAAACAGAGAAUUGUAGAGCUAAGAAGAAACAAGUAUGGAGGGCUAAAGCACCAAUACAGGAAGAUAAUAGGCCUGAAGAUGAAGGUGUGACUAAAUCUGUACCCAAAGGUAUAGAAGUUGAUUCAGCUGGAUUUCAGAGGGCUUUAAGGCCAAUCAAGGUAAAGGCAUGUCAUCUUGGCAGCCUUUAUCAAAAUGUGUUUAAAUCAUGGUGCUUCACCUCCAAUAUUGGCUAUCACACAGGAGGAAGAGUUGGGUUAGUCUGGAAGCCUGGUGUGUUCUCUGUAAAUAUUCUACAUAGUACUGAUCAGUUUAUCCAUUGCUAUGUGCAACCUAUUAGUGGCAGAACAAGUUUCUUUUGUACUUUCAUUUAUGCCUAUAAUGAGAGUGCAAGAAGAGAGUCUAUGUGGGCAAGUUUGAGGGAUGUCAAGACUAAGGAGCCUUGGAUUACUAUAGGGGAUCUAAAUUAUGUUAGGCAUGUGGAUGAGAGAAUUGGUGCACUAGUUAGAAGUGGUGAAAUGGAACCUAUCAAUAGAUGUAUGAUAGAUUGUGGGUUAGAUGAUAAGAGAAGUUCGAGAUAUUUUUUCACCUGGAAUAAUAAGCAGCAAGGUGAUGCAAGAGUUUUUUCUAAACUGGAUAGAAUCAUGGCAAAUGAAGCAUGGAUAGAUACAUAUGAAAGUGCAGAGGGCUGUUUUAUGCAAGAAGAGGAAUAUGAUCACACUCCUGCACUUCUUUCUAUUUGUCCCUAA